AUGAUAAGAUAUAAACUAGACAGAUUGCAUAAAACUAUUGGCCAUAACCAGCAGAUACCUUGUAGCACUCUACAGCCCAAUGCACCAUGGACUCCACCCAAGCUGCCUUUUUUAACCAUAAAUUGUGAUGGUUCAUUUGACCCCAACACAGGACUAACUGGAACUUCUUGUAUUUUGCGUGACUUUGCAGGCACCUGGAGAGGAUGCGCAGCAAACUGCUAUGCAGAAAUAAGGGAUGUUGAGCAACCUGAAUGCCUGGCGCUUCUUGCUGUCAGAUGGAGUAAAAUGAUGCAGCUUACAGAUUUGAUAUUCGAAACUGAUCUAAAGAAUAUAGCAGACUAUAUUAAUAAAGCUUCACCAGUUAUAGCAUGGGAGAACGAAGGCAUCUUGCUUGAUGUUUUAGUAGUUUUAAAGUCAUUUCAAUGUUGGGAAUGUAAGUACAUUCCUAGAGUCUGUAAUAAAGUAGCGGAUAUGCUAGCUAAGUUUAGUAGACGGUUUAGGAUCAGUAAGGUCUGGUCAGAUGCUCCUCCUAAUAUUAUAGAGGAACAAUUAUUGUUGGACAAUUUACACUCUCUGGCUUAA